AUGUGGCUUAUAGCUAUCACCUUCCUCAGUGUUGGUUUCGGGGAUAUUGUUCCUAACACCUACUGUGGUAGGGGCAUCGCAGUCAGCACUGGCAUUAUGGGCGCUGGUUGUACAGCCUUAUUAGUAGCAGUAGUAUCAAGAAAAUUAGAGUUAACUAGAGCGGAAAAACAUGUACAUAAUUUUAUGAUGGACACGCAGCUGACGAAACGGUUAAAAAAUGCAGCUGCGAAUGUCCUACGUGAAACCUGGUUGAUUUAUAAACAUACAAGGCUAGUGAAAAGAGUUAAUCCAGGUAGAGUUAGGACUCACCAAAGAAAAUUUUUACUUGCAAUUUAUGCGUUAAGAAAAGUAAAAAUGGACCAACGUAAAUUAAUGGAUAAUGCCAAUACUAUAACAGAUAUGGCCAAGACACAAAAUACUGUAUAUGAAAUAGUGUCAGACAUGAGCACAAGACAAGACAGCGUAGAAGAUAGAUUAACAACAAUGGAAGAAAAACUCAUAGCACUACAAGAACAACUAGAUUUACUACCUGAGUUAAUUACUACGAGAAUACAAACUCAAGUACAAUUGUCUCAAGAGUGUGCUUCAGAGCUCCUUUGUUCAUUCUUUUCAACGUCUGAAAAAAUCGUGGAGACGAAUAAAAUUCCUAUUAAGGUACAACUUUCAGAAACUGAAGAGAUCAAAAGAAUAAGUACAUCUGAACUUCAAAGACUGAUCCUUCUGGAAAAAUUAGAGGUACUUGAACUUAAAAAACGGAUUUUAUUGAAGAAGUUGGAAAAGUAUAACUAA